AUGUCGGCAGCCGUGGCGUGCCUGGACUACUUCGCGGCUGAGUGCCUGGUGUCCAUGUCCGCGGGCGCCGUGGUCCACCGCCGCCCGCCGGACCCCGAGGGCGCGGGCGCAGCGGCAGGUUCCGAGGUGGGUGCGGUGGCGGCGGUAGCGCCGCCGGAGUCCGCUCUGCCGGGUCCGGGGCCCCCGGGACCCGCCGCGUCGGUCCCCUGGCUCCCCCAGGCCCCCGGCCCUAGCCCCGGCGCGGGCGGGGGCGCGCCCCACCUGCUGGCUGCAAGUGUCUUGGCUGACUUGCGCGGCGGCGCUGGGGAGGGAUCCGGGGACAACUCCCCGGACGCUCUGCUCGCUGCUUCUGCCUCCUGCGACCCGACCCCGAGCUCCGGCCCGGCCCCGAGCCCCGAGCCGGACCCCGCCUCCGGCGAGGCAGCGGUCUCCGGACCCGAGAGCUCCCCCGGCGCGCCCGCCGACCCGAGCGCACCUGCCGACCAUGGCGCACCUGCAGUCACCGGCGGGGGGUCUAGAGGGGCCCCGGGGGCCGGCCCCGCCCCUGCCCCGGCCCCGACGCCCCGGAGGAGGCCUGUCACGCCAGCCGCCAAGCGCCACCAGUGCCCCUUCCCGGGCUGCAACAAAGCCUAUUACAAGUCGUCGCACUUGAAGUCCCACCAGCGUACCCACACGGGGGAGCGCCCUUUCUCCUGCGACUGGCUCGACUGCGACAAGAAGUUCACUCGUUCCGACGAGCUGGCCCGCCACUACCGGACGCACACAGGCGAGAAGCGCUUCUCCUGCCCCCUGUGCCCCAAGCAGUUCUCCCGGAGCGACCACCUGACCAAGCACGCCCGCCGCCACCCCACCUACCACCCCGACAUGAUCGAGUACAGGGGGCGCCGUCGCACCCCCCGCGUCGACCCCCCGCCCCCCGACUCUGGCUCCGGCUCCGUCCAGGCGCCCAGUCUCACCACCUGCCUGUAGGACAGUCACUGCUGUCUAUUGUCCCCUCAAGGACGAUCCCUCAGGCUGCUGUUUUCCUGCCUUUUGUCUGCCCACUCCUCUUUUCCAGAGUCGCUACACCCAGGCACAGACUGGUUCUCCACUCCGAGGGCGGGUCCAGGCGAGCUU